AUGAUUUCAAAAGUGGGCCAGUUUGUUUUACGCCAGGCGCGAACUCAAUUGGCACCAAGGGCCAGUCCUACGCCUGUUGCUUCACUCUCAGCUCUUGCUCGACUGUUAUCCUCACUCGCUGUUCUUGAACAGAGGGACGGCAGACUCAACCAUGGCUCAUUAGGUGCGGUCACUGCGGCGCAAAAGUUGGGAGGGUCGAUUACCGCAUUUGUCGCAGGGGGCAAUAUUAAGGCUGUGGCAGAAGAGGCAGCAAAAGUUGCAGGAAUUGAGAAGAUUAUCGCAGUUGACAAUGCGGCCUACGACAAGGGACUCCCAGAGAAUUAUGCCCCGCUCCUUGCGGAAAACAUCAAGAAGGGAGGGUUCACCCACGUUAUUGCUGGGCAUACGGCUUUUGGAAAGAACCUGAUGCCUAGAGUGGGCGCAUUACUAGAUGUCCAGCAAAUCUCCGACAUCACAGCCAUCGAGGACGAAAAGACCUUUGUCCGACCAAUAUACGCUGGAAAUGCAAUUGCCACAGUCGAAUCCUCAGAUCCAAUAAAGUUAAUCACGAUUCGGGGUACUGCAUUCGCACCAGCUGCGGCCGAAGGUGGAUCGGCAUCGAUCGAAGACGGGGUCGACCCCAAGGCUGAGAGCGCAACAGAAUGGGUCUCGGAAAACCUCGCAAAAUCAGACAGACCAGACUUGGCUACCGCCAGCAGAGUCGUGUCGGGUGGCCGAGGAUUAAAAUCAAAGGAGGAGUUUGACCGCAUCAUGUUGCCAUUAGCCGAUGCUUUAGGCGCAGCCGUUGGAGCCUCAAGAGCAGCCGUGGACAGUGGAUAUGCCGACAACAGCUUGCAAGUUGGACAAACCGGGAAGGUUGUGGCUCCCCAAUUAUAUCUUUGCGCAGGUAUUUCGGGAGCUAUCCAGCACUUGGCAGGAAUGAAGGACAGCAAGGUCAUUGCAGCGAUCAACAAGGAUGCCGAUGCACCAAUCUUCCAAGUCGCAGAUGUAGGCCUUGUGGGAGAUUUAUUUGAUAAGGUGCCAGAGCUCACUGAGAAGCUCAAGCAGUAA